ACACUUGAAGACCGCAGCACUAAACAGCAGCAUCUCAGUUAAGAGUCUCCUGCUCUUUGCUCCAAGAAUUUACAACAGCUGUAAUUGGAUUUUGCAGGACAACAUAUCCAAACAGAAAACCCCCUGGGGAAGCUGAGAUCCUUGUGAAACUGUUAUAAAGAUGGCAUUUAUUAAAAUGGAGAGUGAAGACGUGAAGAUUGAAGAAGCAUUCAGAGCGAAACAAGAAGAUGAUGAGGAACAAACAGAUGAUAAAAGCUCAAUAAGAAUUACAAUCAGCAAAAGAACAUUCAAUGUACCAAAAGGUCUUCAGGUCUGUUUCUUCACAGACUCAGUGUGUUGGGAUAUUGAGCAUUACUUUCCAAACGCACAAUGCUGGGUUCAUCCAGACACGACUCUAGUGAGAUCCGUUCAACAACACGUGAAACACUUUGAGAAACUGCACAACUACACAAUAGUGAUUCUCCACAUAGGAACAAACGACAUCUCAAGUGGAGCGUCUUCAUCGACUGUCGUCCAGAGAAUGAAAACUCUCAUAUCAAGAAUCUCACAAGUUAAUUCACACAUCCUGUAUUUCGCAAUCAGUGCUAUUUUACCGCGAGCAAAAGACGACUCUACGGUCAAAACUACAAUCAAACAAUGCAACAGCUUGCUUCACUACUGGUCUACACACACAAGACACAUUCUGUUUCUGAACACUAACAAACCAUUUCUCAAAAAUGGAAAAAUAAUCCCAAACCUUCACAAACAUGAUGGACUUCACCUGAACCAAGAAGGAAAACACAAACUGUUUUCAUACUUUCAGAGUUUCCUCUGGCAUUUUUGCAGGUUUUCUUCACGUGCAAGACGUACCUAAACAUCUCACAUCAGUCUUUAAACACAAACUAUACUUUGUUUAAUACAUCUGUGAAGCAAUAAAGUAUCAUUUCUCUUAACA